GUCACGACAGGCAAGGCUGUGAGCGCGCAUCACCAGGGCUCUGACACCACAAUGGCCGCUUGCCUUCUGAGGGCUAUAGUGCAUGGCCUGCUGGGAAACAGCUAAGCUGGUGUAACCAGCCAUCAGGACUUGGCCAGGAGCCCUGUCCCCUGUGAUGGCCAUUUCAUCAAUCUGGCUGAUGAAGAAGAUGUUUUCCUUCAAGGUGAGCAAAUGGAUGGGACCUGCUUGCCUCCGGCCAAUGGUAGUCCCACCCAAUAUUCGACAGGAGAAACUAAUUUACAAGCUGCAGGAGGAAAAGACUUUUCGGGAAGAGAUGAAGAUUUUCCAUAAGAAAAUAGAAGACUUCAGGGAAGAGAUACAGAAUUUCCGAGGCAAGAUCUGUGUUUUCCGGGGCCAGAUGUUGGAUUUUGGGGAAGAGGAGAAACCUUUCUGGGAAGAGGAAAAGACUUUCUGGAAAGAGGAAAAAACUUUCUGGGAAAUGGAAAAAUCUUUCCGGGAAGAAGAAAAAACAUUUUGGAAAAAAUACCGUACCUUUUGGAAGCAGGAUAAGGCCUUCUGGAAAGAGGACAAUGCCUUAUGGGAAAAAGACCGAAAACUUCUUCAGGAGGACAAGGCCCUAUGGGAGGAAGAAAAGGCCCUGUGGGUAGAGGAAAGAGCCCUCCUUAAGGAAGAGAAGGCCCUGUGGGAGGAUAAAAAGUCCCUCUGGGAGGAAGAGAAUGCCCUCUGGGAGGAAGAGAAAGCAUUCUGGGUGGAAGGCGGCCACAUUGGUAUGGAGCAGGUGCCCCAAGACAGGCCACAAAGGGCAGCUUUACCCCGAGGCCCAGCAUAGUGACCACUCGACUUGCAGAGCCAAGGUAUCCAGACUCUACUGGAUUGGGAUCCAAGUCCACAGUGAUCCCCAAUGCUACCGUAAAUACGCACUUAUUUGUCUCCUUGCUUUGAAAGAUCUAAUAAAAUUCUGAGGAGAGGUUUGAAAAACUAG